AUGGUUGUGGAUAAACACUUGUCGAUUCUUGCAAAACAGCAUGUUGAAACACGGUUUGUGAAAGUUCAUGCGGAGAAGGCUCCCUUCUUGACAGAAAAGCUCAGGAUAGUUGUCCUUCCCACUCUUGCUAUAGUUAAGAAUGCGAAGGUUGAGGAUUAUGUGGUUGGCUUUGAUGAGCUUGGCGGCAAAGACGACUUCAGCACCGAGGAUCUGGAAGAACGCCUCGCGAAAUCCCAAGUUAUCUUCCUCGAUGGAGAAGGGUCUGCAUACGCAGCAAAGCAGGCUGCCGCCACCAAACGAAGCGUUCGGCAAUCAGGCACUGGCAACUCAUCUGACUCUGAAUAG